CGCCAACUGUGGCAAAUGGCGAUUUCCAUGGCCCGUAACUACAUGGAAUGCGGCGGGAACAUGUCACAGUCGCAGCCAUCAGUUGCCAUGGCUGGGACGUGGCAAGGCAGCAGGUCUGUCUGUCUUUGGAUCUGUAUCUGGAUCUGUCUCUAUCGCUGCUGCAUUUGCGAAAGCAAAGAGUUCGACUACUGCGGAGAGGACGCCUGCACAGAAGGUACGGGCCCACAUCUGGCCUGCAAGCACUCGCAGAAAUUCGACAGCGCGUGUCCAGCGGACGCGAAGCUGCUGAGGAUUGACAGCUCCGUGGCUCGCUACAUCAUCAGGGAGCACAAUGUGGCCCGGAAUCAGGUGGCGCGUGGCACCUUCCACAAGCUGCCAGCAUCGACGCGCAUGCUGACCGUGCACUGGGACGAGAGACUGGCCUGGCUGGCCGAGCUCAGUGUGAUGAAGUGUGCGCUGGAGCGACACACCUGCUUCCGGUCGCCCUCGUACCAGAUGCCAGGCCAAAACGAAGCCUACAACAAGUUCAAAGCCGAUCAGGAUCCUCUGAAGGUACUCCGCUCCCAGAUAAAGGCCUGGAAGGACGAAUAUCUCUUCGUGGAUAUAACCACCAUUCUGGGUGGCAACAAUCACGCCAAACAGGAUGUGGGACACUACCUGCAGAUGAUCACAGCGUCGGUCGAGAGCUUGGGCUGUGCCAUGGCGCUAUAUAAAAAAGAUGGCUUUACCUACCAGAUAACGAAGUGCAUCUACAGCUGUUACCUCGACUGCCUGCCCAUCUAUCCAACGGGACAUAUACCCGGCGAAUUAUGUCGCUUUGGCGUCAACGACGCCUACAAUGCCUUGUGCUCCGUGAGGGAGCGUCUCAUGUGCGACGAGUCCGACUGCUGUGAUCUAAUGGAUCCACUGAGCACUCCAGAGGAUAGCAGUCAAGACAAGGGCAUAGCCGCUCGAGUUUGGCACUUUGCCCUAGAGCCCAAAGCCAAGCCCAGAUCCAAGAAGGCUGCCAAACGUAAGGCGGUAACAAAGAAACCAAAAAAAAAGAAAAGGACUACUCAGAAAAAAGAACACAAAAAACCCGAAAGCCAAAAUGAAUAUUUAGCUUUUGGGGGAAAAUAUCCUUAAAUAAAGAUUAAAUAUAACAUUA